AAAAUACUCCCUCUUUUCUACACUUGUACACCACAACAUUUUCCCAACUAACUAAAUUAUCCAAAACCCAAAAAAAAAUCCCAAAAAAUAAAAAUAAAAAUAAAAAAAACUCCAAAAAUUGCAGAGAGAGAAUGGCCAUCACCUCCUUUCUCUCUCUAAAACCACUUCCACCGCCACCUCUCUCCUUCCCCUCCACCCACCACCGCCGCCGCCGCCACACUUCCUUCCCCAAAAUACCCUCCUCCUCCUCAUCAUCCAAAUAUGACAACAACACGGACUGCCCGGUCCCACCAGAGCAGCAGCCAAUCAACGAGUUCCACUCUCUCUCUACCUCCUUCCCCUUCUCAUGGGCCUCAAGCGACGUCGUCGAGUACUCCUCCCGGCUGUUCGCUGUCGGCGCCUGCUUCGCCAUCUUUGUGGGCCUGCCCGUUUCCUGGUUCGGGUCGAUCGGGCCCAAAUCCGAGCCCAUUAAACUCGUUAUGGGCUGCGUUGGAAGUGGGCUUUUUAUUGUCAUUCUUGCAGUUGUGAGAAUGUAUUUGGGCUGGGCCUAUGUGGGAAACAGGCUUCUCAGUGCUACUGUUGAAUAUGAGGAGACAGGAUGGUAUGAUGGCCAGAUUUGGGUGAAAACCGCUGAAGUUUUGGCUCGUGAUCGCCUCCUUGGCUCAUUUUCUGUGAAACCUGUACUUGGUAGAUUGAAAAACACACUUGUUUUUCUUGGAAUAUCAUUGCUAAUGUGUAUAGUUCCCCUUAUUAACUCUGACGGCCAAAAGCGCGGUUUCAUUCCUCCGGCGGAGCCGGGUGGGCGAGCCGUUCCUGGGGUCUACAACGACGAGUCCGCCAGGAAUUUCGAGCCCGAGGCCUUUUGUGGCGGUGAAUCCACGGUCCCUGAUUUGUAGUGUCACAGCUGCUUUUGUGUAUAGUUUUGAAAUUUUAUGCUAAGAACAAUGUUGAUAGUGAACAUAUACAUAGUUAUAACGUUACUGAAAAUUUGAUAGGGUGCGACCCCACCUA